AUGCAAGUGGAUGAGGUCUUCCUGGAGGAGACGAAUGCCGAUGCACAAGCCUUGCUCGAUCUUUACAACACCACCGGCUACAACCAGCAUACUAUCCCAGCUUUUUUCGAGCAAAUCAUGGUUCCAGCACCAGAUUUCAUGGGUGCUGAAUACAUGCAACCUCCUCCCGACCUGAUGGCUUGGAUGCCUGAGGUCGACUGGUUUGGACAAGUUGACAUAUUCGGAAACGACUUUACUCCAGCGGUCGACCAGAUAAUGGAAUCGCAGGUAUUGCAAGACGUCGUGUUGCCGUCCGAGUCCGAACCGGCCAGGAACACAGACCACUCUCACGAGAAGAUCGAUAGCAAUUCCGCAAGAAGACGCCACGCAGCUUUCAAGCAGUCGGCAUGGUUUUGGAUUCCAGAGCGGAACCAGCACGCUUUUAGUGAGCAUGAAAAUAUCACUCUAGAUGAGCGCAAUGUCGACCUUGCCUCGUCGCCGCACAUGCCGUAUUCGUCAAAUAUCGUAAUUCCAGAUCAACUCUCAGCAGGUGCUCGUGAUCGUAUCUUCCAGCUUGUAUCCAAGACGGCGCGGAGCCAGAUCACAAUCCCAUCGUUCCCAUCAGCAGACUGCAUCGACAAACUGAUCAAAGUUGGUAUCGCAAAGAGGACCGAGACCGAUGCAUGGAUUCAUCCGUAUACCUUUGAGAGUGCGAUUUCCCGGCCAGAGUAUUUGACUGCUCUAGUCGCCGCUGGAUGCGUAUGCUUUGGCGUACCGUCUGUGAACAGGACAGGCUUGGCGCUACAGGAAAUAGUCCGAGUUGCUCUAAACAAUCUGUCUGAGAACGACAACAGUGUCAUACGUGAUCUCGAGUAUCUCCAAGCUUCGAUGCUUUGGCUCGACAUUGGGGCAUUCUGCGGGUACAGAAGAAAAAUGGAAAUUGCGGAGAGCAGUUUGCAAUCUCUAGUGACAGCAUUACGACGUGCUGGCAGACUUGACUACGUUCGCUAUCCCGCAGUCACACCCUCCGCUGAAGACAGUGAGGAGCAAUUACGUACGAAGUGGAAGCAGUGGGUUGAACAGGAAUCAUAUAAGAGGUUGGCGUAUCACUUGUUCGAGCACGACAUACAUAUGACCAUGGUCAAGCACCGCCCACCGCUGAUCUCGUACGGCGAACUCACACUUGCACUACCCGCCUCAAAGACGCUGUGGCUAGCACCUACAGCAGAGCUUUGGAGAACGCGUUAUCUUGAGAUGGACAUAAGUCCAAAUCCAAUCUCCCUUCGAUCACUACUCAAAGACGAUGCGGCCAUACUCUGUCUUCCUCUAGAGAUAGAUUCCCAAGUUGCCCGAUCCUCGUAUCUACACGGAAUCGCCGCACAGAUCUGGGAACAUGCACAACAGUCCGUGCUCUUACACGAGAGCAGCGAUCCCUCCUUACAGCUCUGGGCGCGUUCGCGACAGCAACGACUCUACCAAUGCUUGAAGCGCGACGAUUUUCUGCCCGGCAGAUCUCCUGCUGUGACUUGCGUAUUCCACCAAUUCCUGCAGAUGUACCUACACGUCGACCUUGACCUCAUCACUCGCUUUGCGGGCAAAUGCGGCGAGAGCGCGGCCAACAGCGCAUACACGCACCUCUCACCCUGGAGUCAAACAAAAGAAGCCCGCAUCGCGAUCUGUCAUGCUGGACAGGUAGUACGGGCUGCUCGACAUAUCCCGCCAUAUCAGAUUCGUGGGCCUGACUCUUUCAUGCUGUAUCAUGCCAUCAUGGUGCUUUGGACAUACAGCAUGAUGGUGCGAGAUCGCGCGAAGAAGACCGGCACCACGACACCACUGCGCGCACAACCCGGUUCGCCCCCUGCCAAAAUCGUCUACCUUGACGACGCAGCUGGAGAUGCUCAGAGCGAUCUCGAUGCUUUCAUUCUCGCGAACAGCGGUGUGCCGUGCCUGCACAUCAUCUCGAGUCAUGCGUCAGAAUCUGGAACACCUACUCGUCCCGAGAUCUGCAAUCUCAGGUAUCCUUCGCAGGUCAUGAAGGUCGGUGUCAAGCUCCUCGAUGCAACGCAUCCUGAUGUGGAUCGUGAGACUGGACCGCCGCUCAUGCGGGCGCUGUGUGGACUCAUGGAAGAACUCGGAGGUCUGUGA